CUGAAAUAGAUUGUUCCAUAUAGAUCUUAUAUCUUAAUCCUUAAAAUUCUACUCUGUACGUUGUAUGAAACCUGCGACGAACAUAACUAGCUGCCAACUAUAUUUUUUCUUAGAUAAUGGUUUCUUAGAAACCACAUAGCACAACGCAAACCAAAUGCCAGCCGCUACAUAAACCCAAACACGUGUAGCUGGGCAAUAAACACACAAAAAAGACAUUAAAACUAUCUACUUUUCCGUGUACGCCUAUAAUAAUCCCGAAUAUAGCCACCAUUAUUCACAUAACCUUUUACACUCGCCUAGCUCCCCUCUAGUGUUGUUUGACCUAAAUAAUCUUGAAAUGAUAUCUAAAUUGUGGUCAGAAUUAUACUGGCCGUCUAUAAAACUGGCCAGUAAGUUUGGUGAACGUGCGUACGCCCUAGACUGUGGUAUUGAUCCCACCACCGACCACCACUCCCACAGCGGUUUCCACAGUCGGCCGGCGCCACGCAGCCACACCACUCGAAAAUUAAAAACAAAACAACCAACUUCGCGCGCGUUCCAUUUUCAAACGCAUUUUUUAAUUUGUUUCUUUUUAAAAGCCAGUGAUGUUCGGAUUCCAAUUCCUUUUGACAGUUGCGUGUGCAAAGAAGUGUUUAUAGCGUGUGCGAUUAUUACUCAAUUUAAAACGUGAAUGUAACACCUUAAUUGCAACGUAUGAGUCACGAUACGACCCAAUUUACCUAGUUAGUGCUAAAUUGGACUGAAAGCGGCCAAAUUCCAGUGUCAAUUGAAUAUUUUCAACAUAUCCUUGCAUGCAAAGGAAGAUAUCAACUAUCUGAUGCAAAUUAUCUCGGUUAUCGCGUCCCCUCGCUCUACUAAGCCACUCGACCGUCAGUUUAUCGCUAUCAGCUGAUGCAGUCAGUAAAAGCGGUUAAGAAAACUAAUUUCUUAGAAAAACAAUAGAGAUUUACAUAGUGUCUGCUCACGGCACAUAGCAGUGAGUCAGUCGUCUUCACGAGCUGCGGACGCUGGUAAUUACGAUUACCUAUUUUUUUGCGGUUUUCCAAAAUCGAACGCGUCUUCCGAGUUACGGUUUAAGACGCGGUGACGAAACGAAUUCUUUUUUCGAAUAUCGAUUUAGUUUUUUGUGUGUUUCUUGCCUGGUUCAGUGCAGUGAUGGUGUCGUGAUUGGGGCGUUUUUGCUGUCUUUCUUAUAAUGGAAAGAAGCGUAUUGGCGGACACGAGGCACGUUUCAUGGGCUUCCGAACUACACUCGGAGUACCGCAGCACAUACAGAUGGCACCAGUUCCGAGAGCAGCAGGGCGUGGUGAAGCAGCCAGCGGCCAGCCCGCCCUCCGCGCUGCCCAUCCCGAGGGGUCCCAUGGAGCCGGCGAUGCCCCGUCGCAAGAAGUACCCGGGCGUGGCCUAUCAGACCAACCAGCUAUUCGACCCGGCCCCUGCUGAUGACAUACGGCCCCAGACCUCCGCCGACCGAGCGCGGAGCGCUCAGAGGAACGAGACGGACCGCGCCGGACGACGCAGCAAGUCCGAGGGGCCGCGACAGCCGCGAUGGACUGACACCGUCGAACCGAAGGGUACGAGUGCGGCACUGGGCGAGCCCAUGGCCCCAAAGCCGGAGCUGGUGAGCACCGAGUAUCGCAACCAAUUCGCGUGGCCCAAGGAGACGGAAGCGCCGCGCAAGAGCAUCUCUAUGGGAGCGCUGAAGAAGGCUGCUGUGGCUGAAGGUCACGUAGAAGCCGAGCCGCUGAUGAACAACGCGGACGAGCACGACGGCCGCUACAUCGAGGACUAUCUCUGGAACGGACAGAAGCCCGGGGUCCAAAGAAAAUCGACGUUCCGUAGCGCGCUAUCGGCCCUCAUAUCCAACGGGGAGGAUCGUUCCAAAGAUAAUAGGAAACGUUACAAAAGCGAGUACAAAAAGAAAUUUAGACCGUUCUCUCAGUACGUGUUCGAGGCGUCUAAAGGGACGUUUACGAAAUGCAGGGGAAAAGGAAAGGUUGACGAGGCCAGCGAGAGGAUGUUGAGGGAGCCCGAGGUGGCGAAGGGGGCGGGGUCGGGGUCGGGGGCGGGCGCGGGGCCCCCUCCCGCGGCCGCCGAGGACAGCGCCACCACGCUGCGCGCCGCCGGCCUGCAGCCGCUCGGUCUGGCGCAGGGCGACUCCUGGUACCGCGAGGUGCUGGACCUCCGCAAGCGCGCCGGCGAGUACAAGUACCGCGGAUGGGGGACCGAGCUGGCUCCAGAACACAUCACACAGCUAUACAAUAAGCAAAUCGAGCUCUGGUACCAGGUUUCCCGCCGGUCCUCCCUAUCGGCCCUAUCACUCGCUUCCACCAAUCACAAGGCUUUGCCAAGAGACGAGAAAGAUGGCAAGGACUCAAAGAACCACUCGCCCAAGAAGUACCGCUCGUUCCGCUCGGCUCCGCACCAGUCCAUUCACGCCAAGCUGCAGGAGACCAAGGCGCUGGAGCGCUCGCCGCAUAAGACCUCGCCGCAGAAACAGAGGAAAAAACUGCAGGGGCACAGCUUCGAUGAGGGGGCUGCCCAGGAUGGGCCGGCGGCCGGCGAGCCGCGCGAGUUCCGCUCGCCGCGCCGGCGCCCGCGCUCCGCCGACCCGGCGCCCGCGCCCGCGCGCCACGUCGCCGUCACCAACGGACACGAUGCGCCGCGCCCGGCCAAGCCUACUGGUUUGCCGUUGAGUAGAGGGGCUAGUAGUAGAGUUAGGUCUUCGAGGGGCGGACGGUCGCCGUCAGCGCCGCCUAAGCCCAUCAAUGGGAUCACAGUGGGGGUCAAUGGGGUCAAUGGGGCUACAGGAACGCCGGGCCGGGGACGCCGCAGUCGGAGCGUUUCGAAAGUUGGCAUUAAAUUGGACGACGACAUUCCCGCGCACCGCAGCGCGUCCGUCGCCAAGGACCACUUCUUCGACGACUCCCCGGUCGUCAAAUCCCCGCCCGAGCCCACCCGGGUGAAGUCUCCCGAGCAGAUGAACAUGCGGUCACCGGAUCCAGUCAACUGGACCGUACCCCUCGACACUGGGAAAACGUUUACGGUCACCCAGAACGUGAAGAGCGAUGAGACCGUAAAGCGCCCUAGCUCAGAGUUUAAGGGCGCGUCGGUGGCAGAAGACGGACCCAAGCCCCAAGAAAUCGCUCCAAUCCACCAUCAGCAGAUGUCGCCCAUUCGCUCGCUGAAGAAGAGCGACUCACCGAAUAGCCUCAGCAAGCGCACCGACAAAACCCCCACCACCCCCGUCAGCCUCACCCCAAUCGACGAAACUAAAGCCCUCGACAUGAACAAACUGAAUGGUGUUAACGGGGUCAACGGAGUCAACGGGGUUAACAGCAAUCAGCUGACCCCCGAAACUCCCGUUCAGGACUUUAAAGAAGUCGUGAAGAAGUCGACUGAAGCGACUCAAGUCGCUCCGGGAGUGGUCGACACCACUGUAGUGAACGACGGGCCGACGGACGGACUGACCGCCGCCGAGGUGCUAGACAGAGCCCGCACGAGAUUCGACAAGUUCUGGGGAAAGAAAGAGGAAGACAACGUGUAGAUUGAUCAUGACUUGUUCGAGUUCAAUAUUGGAUUGAGAAGUGUUAACGGCUUUAGACCAAUUCUGGUUGGUCGAGUCAUUUUAUUGGGCUAGUUCGUAAUGAGACAGUUCUCUGUUCUUUGUAUUAUUACAAGAUCUUGUUGGCAGGACUAAGUAAGAAUUGUCUAUGGUCUGGUGAAGCUGAAAAGCUUAUUGGAGGUAAAUUUACUUGAACGGACCCACCUGGAAAAGAAAGUCUGGAAUGUCCGAGAAUAUUGUCUGGAUUGUUUUGUACCUAAUGUGAACUAAAAUCUGAGCUAAAUAUUAAAGAGACAACUAGAUAUGCAAUAUUGAACAUUGGACAGAAAUGUAGGAACAAAUAAUGAAAAUGCAGUAUUUAAAAACUGUUACGAUUAAGAUAAUGCUUCGCUUUAUAACGACUGUAAUACGUAUGUAUUUUUAAUAUUUAUUUAAUGUUAUGAAGAAUCACAGUCUAUUUAAUAGGAGUGUGGUGGCUUGUGAUAGUAGCGUUGAAUAUUGAAUAACGUUGAUUUAAGUAUGAUUUACUGUCUAAAAUAUUGAAAUCGUGAUAGGAUAUUUCACGUAAAGCCACUUCGCACUUACAUUCCGCAAGAUCCCUAUACAUUUAUCUCAUUCAGUUUAAAUCACUGCCUAUAAAGACAUAAGCAUGUUUUAUCUAUAUAUCAAUAUAUGUUCUAUUCACUGAUAUCUCAUUUAGAAACAAUAUUUAAGUAUUUUAAGUAUAUCUGGAUUUCUUAAAUAUUUAUGAAUUAUUUCAUUCGGUGACACAAUCGAUUAUUUUGUUAAGUUUAUUUUCUACAUUGUAUGUAGGUAUAAACCGUAUAAAUAGGUAUAUCAUAUGUAUGUAAGUAUAAAAUUUUAUAUAAAAUGGCUAAUCCCGAAAUAAAAUUUAAUAAAUAAAUCAUUAUUACGUUAACAUGCUAAGUUACAUUCUACGGGGAAAGAGUCGAGUCGUAUUAGGUAGGUACUUAACCUAAAAUCGCAGAUGAUUCAAAAUUGUAUUUAUUUACGUCGAUGUUAGCACAACUAAACCGUCCAACCCAAUUAACAUAGUAUUUUUUGGCAAUUUUAAAAUUUUCAUUUUAAAUAGAUUUUCAUGUGUAUUAUCCUAUUUUUUGCCACCUUGAAUCCGAACAAACCUAAUCAGCCAAUCGCAGCACUUCACUACUUGGCGCGAAGCGCGUAUCAGUAAAAAAAAAACUUUGUGGACUAUUUAGUUUUUGCUUUCCUACUCAAAGGACAUUUACGCAAAUACGUAACAUUAACAUAAUUAAAUAUAAUUUAGUGUGAUAAAAAGUAACUAAAGAUGGAUAUAUCGAGAUUUACACGAAAUUCCUGCCGUCUCUGUUUAACUGAAAGCGAUUUUAAUGUGUCCCUAUUCGGCACCUAUGCCAGGAAAACCCACAUAGUGGAAAAAAUCCUAGCGACUAUGAAAAUUGUUAUAGAAGACACAGAUCCGCUCACGACCAUCUGCUACAAGUGCGCAGGCAACGUUGAGAGGUAUUACGACUUUAUAACAGUUAUAAAGAAGAGUCAGAAUCGCCUGAACUGCAAUCAACGCGAGCGUAAUCUAGGCCUGUUGGAUGAAUCCAUCAAUCGCCGUCGCGUGUCUUACGUGAGGGAAGAGCUAGAAGCCAGCGAUUUUACUUUCUCUUUUCUCGAAAUACCGGAGGAGAAAAGAGAAAAGUCCUCUAGUCCUUUAUUUUCGUAUAUAUCACCACAGAAACCGCUCGUUAAAAAGGAGACAGACGUUUGGAAAACGCCCCGAGAAGUCGGCCAGAACAAGAGGUUUGAGUGUGAGGAUAAGUCUUGUGAGAAGAAACGGCAAAGGAACUGCUCGCGAGACAUGUUCGAGACUCAGUCGCAAGAGGAAGAACAGCCAAAAGGUUUCGAUUGGAAACUGACCCCCGACGACAACAUUAUAAAGAGAGUCCGAGCGAAAUUCGGCUGGUCUUAGUCGAAAUCAACCGUUAUAACAGACAAUGUUCUUUUUCUUAAUUUUAUUCUUAAUAUAAAAUUGACAAAUUGAUGUUAAAAAUGAAUAGACUAAUUUUGUUAUUCCUUACAUUCCAUAGACAGGGUAAAAAUAUUUGUUUGUUGAUAAUUUGAAUAAUUGAUUGAUUUAAAUAGAAAUUUAAGACGCCAUACAUUAAAUUGUAACAACUAAAGUCCGUUUUUUUACGACUUCUAUAAGUUAUCAUCCUAGUCAUUGUUUUAUCCAAUGAAUUGGAAUAACAAAAACUUAUUAAUACUUUUCAUGCCAUCCAGAUAACCUACGAUACGAUGAAAAAUUAUAAAAAUGGCGUCUUUAUAUAUUUAAGUUUGCAAUAUUUAAGUUCCUAAAAGUCCAUCUAACAUCCAUCCAUGCAUUUCUUUCAGCUGGUAACGUUAUGUUAUUAUAAGGCUAAACGAUUGUAAUGUUAGGUGUGUAAUGUAUUUAAUACAUUAUUUAAUAAUAAUACCUUUCAGAAUAUGUCAGUUGUUAAUUGUUUGUAAGUUCCUAUUUUAUGAUUGUUAUUUUUUUCACGCACAAACUCUUUGAAUUAUCAUCCCAUUCCUUCAGGCAAAAACACUUGUUAUUUAUUGUAUGAAUGUAAAGACAGUAUCAUUUUAUAUAAUUUAGCAAAAAUUCAAAAAUAAUGUCUUGAUUAAAAUUAUACCAUAUGAGCCCUGCCGUAUGUAGACUCCAUAGUUGGUAAUGAAUGAUAGCUUUGCUACUGGUUUGUAUAGCGUGUUUAUUUUCAGUUGUUACUUCAAAAUGAACACCUAAAUACCUAAAUAAAAAUUUGAAAUUA